AUGAUUAAAUAUGCGUGUUUUCUUCUAUCUAUAAAAUCAGAAUACCGAUCUUGGCUGCUGUACUACGGCAUUCCAUGUUUGCAAGGCAUAUUGCCAACCAUGUAUUUGCGAAAUUUUGCCCUUUUGGCUGAAGGCAUGCAUUUACUUCUUGCUGCUAAGAUCAGCGUAGAAAUGGUUAGAAGAGCUGAAGUUGUCUUGAACGACUUCUAUUAUGAAGCUCAAGACAUUUAUGGAGAGGACUUCUGCGGUCUCAACGUCCACAAUCUUUGUCAUCUCCCCGACCAAGUGAGAAACUGGGGACCGCUGUGGACCCAUUCAUGCUUUAAUUUUGAGGAUUUGAAUGGAUGA